AUGACACAACGAGCUAUUGAUCUCUUUUUGACUAUUGAAAAACCAGACAAAAUCAUAUUCAGUAUUUUAUUCAAUGCUUGUGCUCAGUUAAGAACCAAAGAUGCAUUGGAUUUAGGCAAAAAAGUUUUUAAUCAAUUGCCUAUUGAAUGUCGUCAAUCAAAUGAUCUUCUUUAUUCGGUUUUGAAUAUGUUCAUUAAAUGUGAUGAUCUCAAAAGUGCUGAAUCUCUGUUUAAUCGAAUAGAUAGAGAUUUGAUUUCUUAUGGAUCAAUGAUGAAAUUUUACAAUAUGAAGGAACAACCGGAACAAACUUUGACACUCUUCGAACAAAUGAAACAAAAUAAAAUCAAACCGAAUAAAAUUAUUUUUGUGUUACUCAUCGAUGCAUGUUCAGUAAUUGGUGAUCUUUCAUUAUGUCAAUCACUUAUUUCACAGAUACCACCAAGUUUUCUUACUGAUCCUUGGAUUCAAGUUGGAUUAGUCGACAUGUGGGGUAAAGUAGGUUCACCAGAUAAGGCUAAAAAGGUCUUCGACAUGAUUGAACAGCCAAUUAAUGCAUAUGGCCUCAAUGGUAUGGGUUUUGAAGCUGUUCAACUUUUUCAAAAAGUUCCAACAAAUAUUCUGGAUGCUUGUAUUUAUGUAUGUGUAUUAAAUGCUUGUUCUCAUGCGGGACUUAUCAAUGAAGCUCGUCAAAUCUUUGAGAUGAUUCCAUUUAAUCAAAGAGUAGAACAAAUUUACACUACAAUGGUUGAUACAUUUAAUCGUUCAUAUCUUUUUGAUGAAGCACAAAAAUUUAUUGAUGAAUUUGAAAAGUCUCAUCGUCCUUCUAUUCCAAUGUAUAUGUCAAUGCUUUCGUCUGCUCGAAAUGAAAAGAAUGGUUCAUUAGUACAGACGAUUUUUGAUCGUAUUGAAUCAAAAUUUUCCGACGUAGAAAGUUGUCUGACAUCAGCUACAGUUCUUCUUGCUAAUACACACGCAUUAAGUGGUAACAAGUCGCUAGCAUCAAACAUUCGCAUGAAAUUAGAUCAAUCUGGUAUGAAAAAAGUUGUUGGUAUUUCUUGGACGGUCGUCGAUGGAAAAGUUUUUAAAUUUCGAGCUCAUGAUCGAUCUCAUCCAUUCUCAACAGAAAUUUAUGCAGAAUUAGAUCGAUUACGAAUUGAGUUAAUGAAAUAUGAUUAUAAACCUGAUGAUUCUUGGAUAACAAGACCAUUAAAAAAUGAUGAAACAGCUGAAUCAGUAUUGUGUGGACAUAGCGAACGACUUGCUAUUGCUUUUAAUUUGAUUCAACGGCCAACUCCAACUCGUAUUCAGAUUGUAAAAAAUUUACGUGUUUGUGGCGAUUGUCGUUAG